CAGAAGUAUCAUAUCUCACAGAAGGAGAAAAAUUUCAAGAAAUCAGAAUAAUGUACGACGUAAAGAAUAAAACUGUAAUGAUCACUGGAGCAGCUAGUGGAUUAGGCUACAAGUACGCCGAAAUAUUGUUACGUAAUAGUGCAAGAAGUAUCGCCGUGAUCGACCUGCCAACAUCAAACGGUCAGAAUGCGGUAGCUACUUUGGAAACUGAAUUUGGGAAGGGCCGUGCCAUUUUCGUUGCCUGCGAUGUAACAAAGCCUGAUGAUUUAGAGAAGACGUUCAAGAAAAUCGUUGACACAUUCGAAGGGCUUGAUAUUCUUAUUAACAACGCUGGUAUGUUAAACGAUAAAUAUUUGGAGGAAACGAUCGAUCUCAAUGUCAAGGCAUUAAUUCGCGGCUCUAUGUUGGCCUUCGAUUAUAUGGGAAAGCAUAAAGGUGGUAAAGGCGGUGUAAUCGUGAAUAUUGCAUCCAUAUUUGGAUUACAACCAAAUUAUUCAUUUCCAAUAUAUUCUGCUUCGAAAUUCGCUGUUUUGGGAUUUAGCCAAUCUCUGGCAGGCAUGUAUGACAAGACCGGAGUGCGAGUGGUUAUCUUGUGUCCGGGCGUUACAAUAACAACGUUAAUCUCAAAUAUCGCCGAUAAAGUCUGUGACUCCAUCAACGCUGUGAGCAAUAACAUUGACUUAAAAUAUUCGAGACAAACAACGGACAAUGUGACACUUGCGAUGUUAGAACUUAUUCAGAAGGGUGAAAAUCAAGCGGCCUGGGUCAGCGAAGAUAAUCAAUCACCGUACGCCGUGGACUUUCCCCAUUAUUCCAAACGAUCUUUGCCAGUAUAAGUUGAUACUUGAUACGUUAUAAAUUUUUUUCUGAAUACUGCAAUUUUCUUCUACUGAAUUACUAAAUAAAAAAAAAAAAGCAAAAUAGCUUAAUCAAAUAACAAUCAAUAUAUCUUAUAUUAUGUUAAUUUUUAAUAAAUAAUCUCAUUAAAACUGAUCUUUUUACAAAUUAAUCAAAUCUACGAUAAUUAAUAAUCACAUUUUUAUUAAAAUUUCAUGUUAAAAUCUAAGGAAUCAUAUAUAGUUUUAUAUAAAAUUUAUAGCGAUGUGAACUUUGAUCUUUUAAUCUUUUAGUAACAAUCUUUUAAUUAAUUUUCAUUUUAAAUAAAUUGUUUUAUCAAAUAAUAUUCUAUAAUUUCGUAAUUGCAAUUAUAAUUAUGAAAGCCGUUACAUUCGUUGAAGAUAAGCUUUAAAUUCAAAAAGUACAUAUUUAAACACUAAGAGUAGUAAUGUAAUAUCUGAAACUAACGUAAUAUCUGAGAAUGUUCCCUUUAUAAUAAAACAAGAUUUAUCACAGAUAUAUUUUUUAUCUAUUUUUUUUACAACAAAAGUGAAUAUAUAUUAUUUAAAUCUUGAAAUUUAAUAGAUACUGGAAAAUAUUCAAACAUAUUGUAUUGUGUGUAUGUACAAUAAAUUAUGGGACGGUGGAAUUAAUGGGACCUUGA